AUGAGAGCAGAGGAAGGCUUCCAAUUCGAACGCUUCUGCGUUGCUUCGCCCUGGUCCUCUGACCCAGCACUCAGACUCACCAUCCUCCGCCUCCUCUCAUCUGGUGAUUCGCCUCUUUCUGCCUCUGACAUCGACCGCCUCUUCUCCAGCCUCUCCGUCUUUGGCGAGCGCAUUGCUGGCCCGUACACCGAUAUUGCCAGUACCCUUGACGGCCCACAGCACGAACCCACCCUGAUCCAGUACGAUGCAUGGGGUCAGCGCGUCGACAAACUUGCCACCGGUGAAGGAUGGAAGCGUCUCAAAGCUGUCUGCGCUUCAGAGGGCAUUGUUCCUGAAUCCUACGCAUGUCCUGAAGCCGUCAAUGGCGGUGGUCGAGACGGGCUCGGCAAGUAUGCUCGACUGUUUGCGUUCACGCGCAACGUCAUGUUCACACCUGUAUCAAAGGUGACUCUGUGCCCAAUCAGUAUGACUGAUGGCGCAGUGCGAGUAUUGGAGAUGUUCGGAACGCAGAAGCAGAAGCGAGAGAUCAUUCCGAGGCUAUGCAGCACUGAUCCAAACACCGCUUGGACCGCAGGUCAGUGGAUGACAGAACGUCCUGGUGGAUCGGAUGUCUCUCGCACAGAGACCUUGGCCAAACCCCUCAACCCAAACAAGAAGCCAGAAGCAGGAGACCAGUUCGUCAUCAGCGGCUUCAAAUGGUUCUCCUCGGCAACUGAUGGAGAUAUUGCUCUCGCUCUUGCCCGUACAAACGAGGAUCUCAGCGCUGGCUCGAAGGGGCUAUCAUUGUUCUUGAUCAAGAUCAGGGAUGACAAUACGGGCAAGCUGAACGGUAUCCGGGUGCAUCGAUUGAAGAAGAAGCUCGGCACCAAGUACUUGCCCACGGCCGAGUUGGAGCUAGACGGAUGCAUUGGCGAGUUGGUCGGUGAGAUCGGCCGUGGUGUUGCCACCAUCUCUUCGGUGCUCAACAUCACACGACUGUACUCCGCUGGAGGUGCGGUUGGUGCGCUCUCCUGGGGAUUGCGUUCGGCCACAGCUUACGCCCAGAUUCGACCAGCCCUUGGCGGAGGAAAGUUGGACAAGCUUCCUCUGCACACUGAUCAGCUGCUGAAGGUGACAGUGCUGUACCGAGUCUUCCUGCAAAUCUUCUUUACCAACGUCCUCCUCAUGGGUGCUCAGGAAUCCGGUCAAGCCUCGAAACGCGACCAGACCCGUCUCCGACUCCUCACUCCCGCCCUCAAAGCUUUCGUCGCCACCCGCGCAUCAGAAGGCUACUUGACUCUGAUCGAAGCCUUCGGCGGGCAAGGAUACAUGGAAGAAGUCGGCAUGGGCGAGAUGCUCCGCGAUGGCACAGUCGAGCGUAUCUGGGAAGGCACUCCUGCCAUUCUCUCUCUCGACGUCCUCCGUGUUCUUGUCCAGUCCAAAGGAUCCGCUCUGAUCGAGUUCUUCCAAGACACAGCCUCCACCCUCUCCUCCCUCCCCACCACCCUUUCCUCCCAACUUGGCGGUGAGAUCAAGUACCUCGGCCGUGUCAUCCAAGACACUGGUGCGGUCUUGAAGGGACUGGAUCUGGAACGAUACAUGAAGACGGGCGAUAUGCGAUUUUCUCGAUACCUGCUUGACCUUAUCAUGGCCAUCCAUGGAUCAGCCCUGUUGCUAAAACAAGCUGCCUGGAAGAUCAAGACAUUGGCUCAGAGCCAACAGCUCCAGUCUUUGGCUGGAGUACAGGUGAACGAGCAGAGUGUGAAGGAAGAUGUUCAUCUCAUCAGGCUCUGGAUCGGUGCUGGCGGCGAUGGAGCUGUUGGAUUUGCAGAUCUGGCAAGAUUGGUCUCGCAGCUCAAGCAAGCAGCUACCACUGUUGCGGCGACUGCGAAGAGCGAUGUCGAGUUGGGUCACUCGCUCGUCUACUCUUGGACCCAGGGUGGAAGUGCUGAGUCAAAGAAGGGAGAGGCUCCAGCACAGGUGCUUGUGAAGGACAAUGUUGCUCCUGUUUCUCAGCUUUCUAGUCACUUGUAG